AGGACGGUGGCGGUUCCUCUUUGGCUCAUUUGGCACAAGGGAAAAGGGGGGCGUGCCUCGCGCUACCACGGUGGGCGGGCCGUUUAGCGUUUCCUUUGUGUGUGGGCACCAGUCGCCGGCUGCGAGCGCGCUUGAGGAGGAGUAGAAGCCGCCAUUUUGUGCUUUUCUUCUCCCCACCCCCUUUCCCCGUUCUCUGCCGGUGAAGCUAGGCCUAACUGUCCUCCGAGGGAACCUCGUAGCCCCCGCCGGUCUUUGCUAGGCUGCAGGUGCCCCCUACCGGCGGCAGCGGCAAGGAGGCCUGUGGCUGCCGCGGCUCCGGCAUGGAGAACUCCCAACUGUGUAAGUUGUUCAUUGGCGGGCUGAAUGUGCAGACGACGGAAGCUGGGCUGCGAGAGCACUUCGCGGCCUACGGGACCCUGACUGACUGCGUGGUUGUGCUCAACCCCCAGACCAAGCGCUCCCGAUGCUUCGGUUUCGUCACUUACUCGGCCGUGGAAGAGGCCGAUGCCGCCAUGGCCGCCUCCCCGCACGCUGUGGACGGCAACGCGGUAGAGCUGAAGCGGGCCGUCUCCCGCGAGGACUCUGCCCGGCCGGGGGCUCACGCGAAAGUGAAGAAGCUCUUCGUCGGAGGCCUCAAGGGGGACUUGGGCGAGAACGACCUGGUGGAACAUUUCAGCCAGUUCGGCCCCGUGGAGAAAGCCGAGAUCAUCUCUAACAAGCAGAGUGGCAAGAAGCGGGGCUUCGGCUUCGUCUACUUCCAGAACCACGACGCCGCUGACAAGGCCGCCGUAGUCAAGUUCCACCCCAUCCAGGGCCACCGCGUGGAAGUCAAGAAGGCCGUACCUAAGGAAGACAUCCAGGGAGGAGGAGGAGGCUCUUCCAGGUCGAGCUGGGGCGGACGGGGACGAGGAAGGGGCGGUGGCGGUAACCGGGACCACAAUGGUCUCUCCAAAGGCGGCGGCGGCGGCUAUAAUAGUUACGGUGGCUACGGUGGAGGUAGCGGGGGCUACGGAUCGUACGGAGGAGGCUCCUACGGUGGAGGCGGCGGCGGCGGCGAUUAUGGCAACGGAUACGGUGGCUUUGGCAGUUACAGCCAGCAUCAAUCCUCUUACGGCCCAAUGAAGAGCGGAGGCGCGGGUGGUGGAGGGGGUGGCAACUGGGGGCCCCGCAGUAACAGUGGACCAUACAGAGGCGGUUAUGGUGGGGGAGGUUACGGAGGCGGCUCCUUCUGAGCGGGAAGUCCCCGUUACUGUUCUGGGGAUGUCAGUUUUGUCUGCAUGGAGUAUGCCCUCCGUUUGUACCGGCCAGGUUCUCAAUAGUUCCCCCUACUCUUCGUCUAUGGGCACCUCCAUACAAAAGGCUAUCGCAAUGCAGGAUAGCUCUCGAAUAUCUCUGUUGGAGGCGCUCUGCUGCCUGUUUCACUUCUUUCCGAAGACGGACUGGGCCUCACACACAACGAUUUUGUGUUAGUCAUUGAUGGACUAUAUUUUUUUAUUGCUUGGACAUUGGUCGUUUUUAUACUAGGAAUAAGAUACUGUUUUAAUUUUGGUUUAUUCAGGGUUGGGGAGGGAGAGUUGUUCUGAUUCUGGAGUGAAAACUGGGAGGGAAACGGGAAUUAACUUUGUAAGGACUUGAAUACCUACACAUUUUUUCUACAAAAUUUACUCUGUUCCCAUGGCUGUAAAAAAAAGGGGGGGGGGGAAUCGUUUUUACAUUUUUAUUUUUUAAAUAAAUCAUUGUGUUCAUUGACCUUUACAUGUCUUUUUUCCUAGGGUUCAUUCCAUACAGUUCAAGCAAAAGCUUUUUGAGUCAAAUACAAGUUAUUUCUGCUCAAAUUUCUAUAUGUGUUUAGAAUAAAAUGCUUUGUUUCUAGUAAAGGUCUCAACUUUUUUGCUGCCCCCAAUAUUGGAUUUAUUAUUAAAGAGGUAUAGGCCAACUUUUGAAAUGCCCAUGGGUGGAUGAGGUCAGUUAAAAUAUUUUAUUGUACAUCCACUAUUUUGUAAUUGGGCAGUUGCCUUGCUGACACAAUUAGUCUGUUUUUUUGUACAGGUUGUUCUCCAUCAACAUAUGUUGUUCUUGCACAUUCAGAGCAUGUGUUUUUCAUAUAAGUGUUCAAAAUUUCAGAUUGCUCAGUUUCACAUUGUGUUAUUUAUUGGCUUGCCUGUAAACAAUCCAUCAUAGGAGAGGAUACUUUUCCUUCUGUUAAAUAUUUUGUUUGCAUAGUGAAGUCAUUUCAACUGAAUUCUGUCGUGUUCUUAAAGAAGCCAAGAAUCCUUUAGAGCACCAUCUACUGGCAGAAUAGUUGACCAUUGCUAUAAGCUUUACUACAACAGACCAAAUUGGCUCUCAAACCUAUAAUCUCAUAGGCCUUUAGAUGGCAAAGGUCAAAUCUGUAUGCCAACAAAAGUCCUCGGCAUUGCUUGAAGUGAUAUACAUUUGAAAUACCCAUAAGUAAAUUUCUUGAUUAAAUAUUUAAAUUGCCCAGUCUUCAAAUUUUGUACUAGGUGAUUGAUGAAUGAGCCAGUAAUUUAGGUGUCAGUUGGAAAUCAAAAUCUCUGUAGUCUGCUUGAUGUAUUUGUAGCCCUUUCACACAGUAGAAUUAAAGUUUGUUGUUAACAAUGUUCUAGAGAAAAACUGCCUUCCUCAAUAGAAAUAUAGAAUAGUUAUGGAUAUUACAAAUAAAGAAUUGAAUUCUUCA